AUGUGGCAGGAGGCGAUGCGGCGCCGCCGCUACCUGCGGGAUCGCGCCGAGGCGGUGGCGGCGGCGGCCGCGGGCGGCGGCGGCGACGGCGACGGGCUGCAGCGGUCCCGGGACUGGCUGUACGAGUCCUACUACUGCAUGAGCCAGCAGCACCCGCUCAUCGUCUUCCUGCUGCUCAUCGUCAUGGGCGCCUGUGUCGCCCUGCUGGCCGUCUUCUUCGCGCUGCGGCUGGAAGUGGAAGACCACGUGGCGUUUUUAAUAACAGUUCCCACUGCCCUGGCAAUCUUCUUUGCUAUAUUCAUCCUCGCCUGCAUCGAGUCCGUGUUUAAGAAGCUGCUCCGCCUCUUCUCUGUGGUCAUCUGGAUCUGCCUCGUGGCCAUGGGCUACCUGUUCAUGUGUUUCGGAGGCACCGUCUCUGCCUGGGACCAGGUGUCCUUCUUCCUCUUCAUCAUCUUCGUGGUCUACACCAUGCUGCCCUUCAACAUGCGAGAUGCCAUCAUCGCCAGUGUGCUCACCUCCUCCUCCCACACCAUUGUGCUGAGCGUCUGCCUGUCUGCGACACCCGAGGCCAAGGAGCACCUGGUCUGGCAGAUCCUGGCCAACGUGAUCAUCUUUAUCUGUGGGAAUCUGGCGGGAGCAUACCACAAGCACCUCAUGGAACUCGCUCUGCAGCAAACAUAUCAGGACACGUGCAAUUGCAUCAAGUCCCGGAUCAAAUUGGAGUUUGAAAAGCGCCAGCAGGAGCGGCUCCUGCUGUCCCUGCUGCCAGCUCACAUAGCCAUGGAAAUGAAAGCUGAGAUUAUCCAGAGGCUGCAGGGCCCCAAAGCCGGCCAGAUGGAAAACACAAACAACUUUCACAACCUGUACGUCAAGCGCCACACCAACGUCAGUAUCCUCUAUGCUGACAUUGUUGGGUUCACCCGCCUGGCCAGUGACUGCUCCCCAGGAGAACUGGUCCACAUGCUGAACGAACUUUUUGGGAAGUUUGAUCAAAUUGCAAAGGAAAAUGAAUGUAUGAGAAUAAAAAUUUUAGGAGACUGCUACUACUGUGUGUCUGGACUCCCAAUAUCUCUCCCCAACCAUGCCAAAAAUUGUGUGAAAAUGGGACUGGAUAUGUGUGAAGCCAUAAAGAAAGUGAGAGAUGCUACUGGCGUUGAUAUCAACAUGCGUGUGGGAGUGCACUCCGGGAAUGUCCUCUGCGGAGUGAUUGGCCUGCAGAAGUGGCAGUACGAUGUGUGGUCACAUGACGUUACCUUGGCCAAUCACAUGGAAGCUGGAGGGGUCCCAGGACGUGUCCAUAUUUCUUCUGUCACCCUGGAGCAUCUGAAUGGAGCUUACAAAGUGGAGGAAGGAGAUGGUGACAUCAGGGACCCAUAUUUAAAGCAGCACCUGGUGAAAACCUACUUUGUAAUCAACCCCAAGGGUGAACGAAGGAGUCCCCAGCACCUCUUCAGAACUCGUCACACCCUUGAUGGGGCCAAGAUGAGGGCCUCUGUGCGCAUGACCCGGUACCUGGAGUCCUGGGGGGCGGCCAAGCCCUUUGCACACCUGCACCACAGAGACAGCAUGACCACGGAGAACGGCAAGAUCAGCACCACGGAUGUACCAAUGGGCCAACAUAAUUUUCAAAAUCGCACCUUAAGAACCAAGUCACAAAAGAAACGAUUUGAAGAAGAAUUGAAUGAGAGGAUGAUUCAAGCAAUUGAUGGGAUUAAUGCACAAAAGCAAUGGCUCAAGUCCGAAGACAUUCAGAGAAUCUCAUUGCUUUUCUACAAUAAAAUACUGGAAAAAGAGUACCGAGCCACGGCAUUGCCAGCGUUCAAGUAUUACGUGACCUGUGCUUGUCUCAUUUUCUUCUGCAUCUUUAUCGUGCAGAUUCUCGUGUUACCAAAAACCUCCAUCCUCGGGAUCUCCUUUGGAGCUGCGUUUCUCCUGCUUGCCUUUAUCCUUUUUGUCUGCUUUGCUGGACAGCUUUUGCAAUGCAGCAAAAAGGCAUCUGCCUCUCUCCUAUGGCUUUUGAAGUCAUCGGGCAUCAUCGCGAACCGCCCCUGGCCGAGGAUCUCCCUCACGAUCAUCACCACAGCCAUCAUUUUAACCAUGGCCGUGUUCAACAUGUUUUUCCUGAGUGACUCAGAGGAAACAAUCCCUCCAACUACCAAUACAUCAAACACAAGUCUUUCUGCCUUAAAUGAUCAGGCAGCAAUUCUGCGUGCGCAAAGCUUGUUUUUUCUUCCGUACUUUAUUUACAGCUGCAUUCUGGGGCUGAUAUCCUGCUCAGUUUUUCUGCGGGUGAACUAUGAGUUGAAGAUGUUGAUCAUGCUGGCAGCGUUGGUGGGCUUCAACAUCAUCUUUCUCCACACUCACGCCCACGUCCUGGACGACUACAGCCAGGUCUUGUUUGAAAGACCAGGCAUUUGGAAAGACCUGAAGACCAUGGGCUCAGUGUCUCUCUUUAUAUUUUUCAUCACACUGCUUGUUCUGGGUAGACAGAAUGAAUAUUACUGUAGGUUAGACUUCUUAUGGAAGAACAAGUUCAAUAAAGAGCGGGAGGAGAUAGAAACCAUGGAGAACCUGAACCGCGUGCUCCUGGAGAAUGUGCUUCCUGCGCACGUGGCCGAGCACUUCCUGGCCAGGAGCCUGAAGAACGAGGAGUUAUACCACCAGUCCUACGAAUGUGUCUGUGUUAUGUUUGCUUCCAUUCCGGAUUUCAAAGAAUUCUACACAGAAUCAGAUGUCAACAAGGAGGGCUUGGAAUGCCUACGGCUCCUGAAUGAGAUUAUUGCUGACUUUGAUGAUCUGCUGUCCAAGCCAAAAUUCAGUGGAGUUGAAAAGAUCAAGACCAUCGGCAGCACAUAUAUGGCAGCAACAGGUCUGAGCGCUGUGCCCAGCCAGGAGCAUGCCCAGGAGCCCGACAGGCAGUACCUGCACAUCGGCACCAUGGUGGACUUCGCCUUGGCGCUGGUGUCCAAGCUGGAAGCCAUCAACAAGCACUCCUUCAAUGACUUCAAGCUGCGAGUGGGUAUGAACCAUGGACCUGUAAUAGCUGGUGUGAUUGGAGCUCAGAAGCCACAGUAUGAUAUCUGGGGCAACACCGUAAACGUGGCCAGUAGGAUGGACAGCACUGGAGUCCUGGACAAAAUACAGGUCACGGAGGAGACGAGCGUCAUCCUGCAGAGCCUGGGGUACACGUGCAAUUGUCGAGGCAUCAUCAACGUGAAGGGGAAGGGGGACCUGAAGACGUACUUUGUGAACUCGGAAAUGUCAAAGUUCCUUUCCCAGAACAAUCUGAUUUCCUGA